AUUCAGCAACUAUAAAUAUGCUUUCAAGAAGAUUAUUCGACACAGGUGAUGAAUUCAAUACAAUUCCAGCUUCUGUAUCUUCUCUGAGUUUUGAUUCUCCUCCAGUCAAGGCUAAUGACCUUAUGUCUGUGAUGACUCCAAACAGCAAACGAAAUCUGUUUCUUGAUGAUGCCGAUGAUUCUGGCCUCGGUAUGGAAGACCAUAUUACAUCGAGUUUGCAGAAAUUUACCAAGAGACAGCGUGAAGACGACGAUAACUCAAGAUGUUCAAAACGUCAGAAAGUUUGUUCAGAUAUAAAGGCUGUGGUAACCAAACUUGAAGAGAACGACGACUUCAUUGCCGAUGGUAGCAGAUUACAUACUUUACCAACCGUCACUGGAAAACAUGCUGAUUUGAAAAGCAUCACUUCACAGACUCUUGCUGAUGUUAUAAACGGAGACUACGAUGACGUAAUCAGUAACUACAAAAUCAUCGACUGCCGAUACCCGUAUGAAUUUGAAGGCGGACAUAUCAAAGGAGCAGAGAAUAUGUAUUUGCACGAGACCAUUUUAACUUUACUUCGACAACCCACUAAAGAUAAACAGAUUAUCAUCUUUCACUGUGAGUUUUCUUCUGAGAGAGGUCCAAAAAUGUUACGAUUCCUGAGAAGCAAAGACAGAGAACUCAACAAAGAAAACUAUCCAUCACUGAACUUUCCGGAAGUAUAUUUACUUGACGGUGGUUAUAAGUCAUUCUUUAAUGAACAGCCUAAACGUUGUGACCCAGUGAGCUAUCGACCAAUGCUUCACUCUGACCACUCAGAAGAUUUGCGACAUUUCAGGGUCAAGUCAAAGUCAUGGACUUUUGGAGAAAAACGAAGAUUUGCCAGAAAAGUGAUGAGAUUUUAGCACUGCAAGGCAGCUGGUUAUUACAAACAGUGCUUUAACUAAUCUGUGAUAAAAGAACUUUCAGUGCUUUGAUUUUAAUAUACGUUUUAUUAUUAUUGUUAGCUAUACUAUAUAUAUUUGUUAUUGAGAUAUUAAAGGUUACAAAUAAUUAUAUUAUAUUUUAUCUUUUAUCUUUAAGAAUGACACAAUAGACAUAUAGUGUCAAUACGGGAAAUAUGAUUUUGCUGGUACCGUGAAACCAGAGAGUAAUAAUAUUCUCGUAACAUUAUUUCCAAAAUGUCAAAUAUAGAACAAAAAUAUGAAAAAUGAUUUAUUGAAUGUUUUAAUCAUUCACCGACAAUGCAAAAACAACAAAAAAAAGGUUCCCUUUUCAAAAAAAAUUAUACAAAUAAAAGUAUAAAGGAGAAACUACAUUUGUGCUGAUC